AUGGCAUCGGUGCUGCGGCUCCUAGUCCUGCUCGUGUGCGGCCUGGUGCCCGCCGUCCGCGCCCUGGAGCCGCGCGAAGUCUUCACCAACUCCUUCCUGGUUCGGCUAAGAGGAGACCACGAGCCCCGCGCCGCAAAAGCCGUCACCAAGCGCAACGGAUUCCACAGCAUCGGGCCAGUGCUGGGGUCCAAGAACGAGUACCACUUCGUUCAUCGCGCCGUGCCCCGGGGCCGCACCAAGCGAAGCGUCCCGCACAUGCGCAAACUCCGGGCCGACCCGCCGGUGGAGACAGCCAUCCAGCAGACGGACUUCAAGCGGGUCAAACGGGGCUACACGGAGCUCAAGUUGGGGCCCGAAAACCUGAGGCUUCAGCGGGAACCAACGGACCCUUACUUCACGUACCAGUGGUACUUGAAAAAUGUCGGCCAGAAUGGCGGCAAGCCGCGGUUGGAUCUGAACGUUGAGGCCGCCUGGGCUCAGGGAUUUAUGGGCAAGAAUGUUACUACAGCCAUUAUGGACGAUGGGGUUGACUAUAUGCACCCGAACCUUCGGGACAAUUACAAUUACAAGGCCAGUUACGACUUCAGUAGCAACGACCCCUUCCCAUACCCAAGGUACAUCGAUGAUUGGUUCAACAGUCAUGGCACGCGCUGUGCCGGUGAAGUCUCCGCCAAGAGAGACAAUGGAGUGUGCGGCGUUGGCGUCGCUUACGAUUCUAAGGUGGCAGGCAUCCGUAUGCUGGACCAGCCAUACAUGACGGACUUGAUCGAGGCAAACUCUAUGGGCCACGAGCCCAACGUGAUUGACAUCUACAGCGCUUCCUGGGGAUCUACCGACGACGGAAAAACUGUCGACGGACCCCGCAACGCCACUAUGCGGGCGAUUGUCCGAGGAGUAAACGAGGGUCGCCACGGCCUGGGCAACAUUUACGUGUGGGCGUCGGGCGACGGCGGGGAGGACGACGACUGUAACUGCGACGGAUACGCGGCCUCCAUGUGGACCGUGUCCAUCAACUCGGCCAUCAAUGACGGCGAGAACGGGCACUACGACGAGUCCUGCUCGUCGACCCUGGCCUCCACCUUCAGCAACGGCGCCAAGGACCCACACAUGGGAGUGGCCACGCCUGACCUGUACGGGAAAUGCACCAAGACGCACUCGGGGACAUCGGCAGCCGCACCCGAAGCGGCCGGUGUGUUUGCCCUCGCGCUGGAAUAA